UGUGUCGCGGAAUCUAGUUAACCUAAACGUCUUUAAUGGACGUUUGCCCUUUUCGCUGCUAAUUGUCAUCAACGAAUAUAACUAAUUUGGCCAUUUUGCCCUUUCCUAGCCACUGCUACCACCCGCUACGGCCGUCACCUUUCUCUUCCACUUUACAGUGUCCCUCACAAUCACUGUUUUCCAUUCCGCUAAUUUACUUUUAAAUUCCGAAACCAACCGCGUCAAAAGGGAAAGUAACAAUGGGGGGAUGGUGGAGAUUCGGAAAAUGGACGGUCCUGAUUAUGUUCCUUCACAUCAUUUCCAUUUUGAUCUUCACCAAAGGCUUUCUCUUAACCCGAACUGAACUUCCCCAUUCCAGCCACUGCUCUGAUCUUUCUCAAUCUCCUUGCCAUUCGUCCCCUUCUUCUUCUUCUUGUUGGACCAAGCCUGCCGUUGACCGUCUCAUCAUCAUUGUUCUCGAUGCGCUGCGAUUUGAUUUCGUUGCUCCAAGCUCCUUUUUUGAGGAAAAACAACCUUGGAUGGAUAAGCUCGAAGUGUUACAGAGGAUGGCUUCAGAGAAUCCUUCUUCAGCUAAGAUUUUUAAAGCUAUUGCUGACCCACCUACUACCAGCUUGCAACGUCUGAAGGGAUUGACAACAGGGGCGCUCCCUACUUUUAUCGAUGUUGGGAAUAGCUUUGGUGCUCCUGCCAUUGUUGAAGACAAUUUCAUUAAUCAGUUGAUUCAAAAUGGGAAGAGAGUGGUGAUGAUGGGAGACGAUACAUGGACACAGUUGUUUCCUAAUCAUUUUAACAAAUCCUAUCCAUAUCCUUCUUUUAAUGUUAAGGAUCUCAACACGGUAGAUAAUGGAUGCAUUGAACACCUACUUCCAUCAUUAUAUCAACAAGACUGGGAUGUCCUUAUUGCGCACUUUCUUGGUGUGGAUCAUGCAGGCCAUAUCCAUGGUGUUGAUUCCACUCCAAUGAUCGAAAAACUGGAGCAGUACAAUGCAGUUUUAGAGAAAGUAAUUAAAGAGCUCCAGAACCAGUCUGGACCUGGCAAGUUACAUGAGAAUAGUUUACUUCUUGUAAUGGGUGAUCAUGGACAAACCUUAAACGGGGAUCAUGGAGGAGGAAGUCCUGAGGAGGUUGAAACAUCAAUAUUUGCUAUGAGUUUUAAAGAUUUGCCUUCCCUGCCAUCUGAAUUUGAUUCUUCAUCUUGUGAGCCUAGCAAAAAUAUAUGUAUCAGCUCCAUCCCACAGCUUGAUUUUGCAGUAACAGUAUCAUCGCUGCUUGGUGUCCCCUUUCCGUUUGGAAGCAUCGGGCGUGUUAAUCCUGAGUUAUAUGCUUUAGCUGUUUGUACAUGGAACUUGGAUGACGAUAAGACAUGGAACAACCAGGGUCAAACAAAGUUGGAAGAAUGGUUGCAAAAUUAUGCUAAUGUCCUCUGCAUCAAUUCAUGGCAGGUGAAAAGAUAUAUUGAUGUUUAUUCUGCUUCAUCAGUCAUUGGAUUUUCCUCUGAAGACCUAUUCCAUAUAUCAGAUUUAUACUCUAAAGCAGAUGAGAAUUGGUCAUAUACUAAGAAUUUAUCUUCGUACAAAAAUGGAAGUUCCAACACAUCAUUGCCAGUUCUCAAAAGGCAAAUAGUUGCCUAUUCUAAUUUUCUUUCUUAUGUUGCUGAGCUGGCUCGUUCCAAGUGGACUGAGUUUAAUUUAAAGAUGAUGGGCACCGGCAUUGGGAUUAUGUUAUUAUCUUUAUAUUGUCAUACGCUGGCCAUUAAGAAGCUGAAUAAGUCCUAUGGUGUCUCUCUUCUGUCAUCCAGAGAUUCUGGAAUUUCCUUUGGGUUAAUGCUUACUUUCUUUAUGGUACUGAUACGUGCAGGGAGUCUACUUUCAAAUAGUUAUAUUUUGAAAGAAGGGAAAGCUGCAAAUUUCCUCUUGGCCACUACUGGCAUCAUGACAUUACGUUAUUCUUUCAUGAAGAACAAGAUGCUCAUUGAAGCAGCUAUAUUUCUUCUUUUGACAUUCAUUUUUAGGAUUGCUAUUGAAGUUGGUCUUUACAAGCAAGCUGCCACUUCUCAAUUCAUGAGUUCAUCCUCUUCAUGGAUGCUUGGGAUUUCUAUAAGCCCAUCGUUGUGGACAUAUAUGGCUGAGAUUGUGCCGAUUCUUGCAUUGAUCAUUUUAGGUUACUUUUUAUACAAGUCCAUUUCUAGCUGCUGUUGGGGAAUUCCAAAAUAUGUUAUCAUGGGAACAAUUUUAAGCUAUUUUCUCAUAGCAUUGCAUUGGAUUUCUGAAAGCAACAUAUUGGAUCUGGCCCAUUUUCUUAAAGGAUUUGGAAAAAAUUCCAUCCCUCGGACAGUUUAUGCUAUCACACUUGUUCAGCUGUCACUGUUGGCAAUUGUUCCUAUUUUCAGCAAGGAGGAAACUUCAAAUUGCAGAGGAAGCUUGUUUGUUAAAAUGAUGUCUAUUUUAUCUGCAUGUAGUUCAACAAUUAUUAUUCUCCAAGGAAAACAAGGUGCAUUGGUUGCAUUAGGAUCCUUGUUAGCAGGUUAUUGCAUGAUGAGGCUUCAAGGCAUAGAAAAACAUACCGUCAGUGGAACUGCAGGAAUUUCAAUUUUGGGCCCUCUUCCUGUUUUGCAGUGGAGUCUGUUAGCUGUGUGUCUGCUUUUUGCAAGUGGUCACUGGUGUGCUUUUGAUGGCCUGCGAUAUGGUGCUGCAUUUGUCGGGUUUGACGAGUUCAUUCUCAUACCACAAGCAAUCCUCCUUACAAUCGAUACAUUUGGAUUUUCUCACAUCCUUUCUGUAUUUGGACUACCUCUUUUUGUUGCAUUUCCAUCUCCAUUCAAUCAGACCGAGCACAAAAGUCUCUUUCCUAUAAAGUUAUUUUGGAUAUUUAUGGUGUAUGGACUCAUUUCUGCUAUUACCGCCACUGCUACUAUACUAUGUGUCACCAUCCAACGGCGGCAUUUAAUGGUAUGGGGAUUAUUUGCACCCAAGUUUGUUUUUGAUGUGGUGGGGCUUAUCCUUACUGAUCUCCUCAUUUUGGUGGCAUCCAUUUACUACUUUGAUGGAGUAGAGGAUCGUAUUGGCAAUGCCAAAUUGAGGAGGCUCUGGUAGAUUCAUUUAGCAGAUAAAUAAUGAGUAUAUGACAUAGAAAAUAUUGUUCAGAAAUAUGCCAAAUCAAAAAUUUUGCAGGAUAUCAUUUGUAGUAGAAA